UACGUAGGUGUCGGUGGUCAGCCAUAUUGUCUCUGAUACAGCAGAAAUCACACACUGGCAGAGGCACACCGGCGACGGAGGGAGGCGAGGAUCGUUGGCUAUAAGAAACAGGGCUCAUUGGGAAGCAUUUCGGUCGUCGAAUUAUCCAAGGGGCUAUCCCACCGUGCCCCUGGUGGCCCCUCCCCCCCGUCCUCAGGCAAAGCCUCCCCCAAACCCCUUUCCCUGUUGGAAUCAAUCCCCUCACCCCUUACCUUCCCUCCUCUUCCUCCCUCCCUUCUACCCAUCGUCCCCGCGCUCCAUCCAUCCUCCACUGCAGUAAGAUCUCCCCACUAUCCCUGCCAAGCUGUCGGACAUGUCAGGACCCGUGCCGAGCCGGGCCAGAGUGUACACCGAGGUCAACACUCACCGGCCCAGGGAGUACUGGGACUAUGAGUCCCAUGUGGUUGAAUGGGGAAACCAGGACGACUUUCAGUUGGUGCGUAAGUUAGGUCGUGGCAAGUAUAGCGAAGUCUUUGAGGCAAUCAACAUCACCAAUAAUGAGAAGGUGGUGGUGAAGAUACUCAAGCCUGUGAAGAAAAAGAAAAUCAAGCGUGAGAUCAAGAUUUUGGAAAACCUACGUGGUGGUCCCAACAUAAUCUCGCUCAUCGAUAUUGUCAAAGACCCUGUAUCCCGGACACCUGCCUUGGUCUUUGAACAUGUUAACAACACAGACUUCAAGCAACUGUACCAGACGCUGACUGACUAUGACAUCCGGUUCUACAUGUAUGAGAUCCUCAAGGCCCUGGAUUACUGUCACAGCAUGGGAAUCAUGCAUAGAGACGUAAAGCCACAUAAUGUGAUGAUUGAUCAUGAGCACCGCAAGUUGCGCCUUAUUGACUGGGGUCUGGCUGAGUUUUACCACCCAGGGCAGGAGUACAACGUCAGAGUCGCCUCUCGCUACUUUAAAGGGCCUGAGCUCUUGGUGGACUAUCAGAUGUACGACUACAGUCUGGACAUGUGGAGUUUGGGCUGUAUGCUGGCGAGCAUGAUCUUCAGAAAGGAGCCCUUCUUCCAUGGUCAUGACAACUAUGACCAGUUGGUGAGAAUAGCCAAGGUUCUGGGGACAGAGGACCUCUACGACUACAUCGACAAAUACAACAUUGAGCUGGAACCUCGCUUUAAUGACAUUCUGGGAAGGCAUUCUCGUAAGCGAUGGGAGCGCUUUGUCCACAGUGAGAACCAGCACCUGGUCAGCCCAGAGGCUCUGGACUUCCUGGAUAAGUUGCUGCGUUACGACCACCAGGCCCGACUGACCGCCCGAGAGGCCAUGGAUCACCCAUACUUCUUCCCCAUUGUGAAAGAUCAGUCUCGUGUGGCUGGAUCAGCCAACCUGCCCAGUGGGAACCCAGCUGUUAGUACAGCCAGCAUGAUCACUGGUAUCUCUGCCUUGCCAGCCUCCACUGCCCUGGGCCCUCUCACCGGCUCACCAGUUCUGUCUGCUGCCACCAACGCCCUGAGCACCCCGGUACCCACUGCUGCUGGCGCCCCUCAGUGACACCCCCCCACCCCACCCAAAUCCACACUCAGCCCCCUCCCCCCCUCUUCUCAAUCUCCCCCCUCACUCUUACCAACACCCCGGGCGGACGGGGGAGGGAGUUGGGUCGACAGGUGCCACUCUGCCAGCCCUCACCACAUCCAACCUAACUCAGCGUGACAGCGACUCGCCAGCCUCCCAGCUGGAGGCCGCCAUCGUCUUAAGAAAAAGAAAGGUGUCCCCCUCCCCCCCUUUGUUCCUUUUUCAGCCUCGAAUGAACGUGUUUAACCUGACAUCUGAGAUGAAUGUUCUGUGUAACUGAAAUAUACAGAUAUUCCUUACAUUUCUCCCCCCCACAAGGUGUAGUGAAUACAAAGGGGUGUAUGUUUGUGUGUGUGUGUGUGGUGAGAGCAAUCCACGAGUGUGUGUUAAUUUGGGAUAGAGAAGGCACUGGUCAAUAAGAACAUCAGCAGAAGGUAACAGAAAGAGAUGUUGGCCAUCAGGACCAAGAGGAGCACAUCCUGUAUAGUUUACUACUGCAGCAUCGUCAAAAACACAGACCUGAUGAGAACACUUCAUUUACCUCCCCAGAUGAGUCUAAACACCCUCCAGAUCACAGCAUUUCAGAAGUGUUUGGUGCUGUUCUGUGCUCCAGGUGUGUGUGUGUGUGUGUGUGUGUGUGUGUGUGUGUGUGUGUGUGAACACAAUGACACUUCAACACUUUCUCUGCCUGAGUAGUUUUGUCUUGCCUUUUCUUACCAAACCAGAUCACCAGUCUUCUUUUUAUAUGCGACCCCACCAGUCACCUGUCAUUAAUUUGUGUUCUGAUCGAAAACGUUCUGGACUGUUGAGUAAAAAAGGUUCACCACCAUCAAGUUGUUCGAUCAGCUCUAGUGUCGAUCUCUUAAGAAGCCAGGUAAGGUUCAUUCAGGUUCUCAACAACAUGGUUUCUCAAACGUGCUGCUUUCCAGUUCCUUGAAUUACUUCAAGUGGCUUUUCUUGAAUUACUUCAAGACAUAACCAAAGUUUACUCAGUUGGUUGGAAAAAGAGACUGACCAAACCUAGUUUUAUUUUGUGGGAGUUCCUUACAGAGAUGCUGUAAUACGGGCUGACAGUGUGUGUAGUGAAUAAGGGGACAACAUGAUACAAUAAUAAUCCGCAGGUGACUGUUAGAGUUGGAGGAAAGUUCACUCGUGUUAAGUGUCGUGACAUCGGUAAGCUUUCGGAGGAGUCAUCCAGUUUGUCUUUCAUGUUGAGGGGAGCAGUGAAGUUAAAUAGCACUUGAAGGGUAGAGUUUUCCCCUGUGUUUUUAGUGCCAGAGUUUGAAAGUGUAAGUUUUAGACCCUGCUGUACAUAUGCAUCUUUUUUUUUCUUUUUUUUUCAUUUCAAAACCUUGAAAAUGCAAAUAAAUCACAUGUAUACAUUGACCUGAGAACGAAGCAGUUUGAGUCCCUACAUCACUGUAUAUAUUUUUAUGUCCUUAUGUAGAAGACUAGUAUUUGAAAAUAUUUGUGUAAAUAAACACGUGUUUUAUUUAUCAGGUA